CGACGAGCAACAUGUUGUCCCCCGGUCGACGCCGCGCGGCCGCCAUAUGGGCGUGCGCCCUGUUGGGCUGCCUCCCUACCGCUCGUGCGCUCUCACCGAGUUUGGCCCUGCGCGGCGCUGCAUUUCUGGGCUGCCUUCACCGCGCGCAGGCGACGCCAGGCGUGGCCAAGGAGAUCGUCGACUCGGCGCUCGUCUUCGACAAUGGCGAGGUUGCGUCGGGCCUGUCGGGUAACGACGACGCCGUCCAGUGCCUCCGUGCGGCGAUCGCGGAAGUUCUCACGAAAGGCUCUGAUUCAGUAGUUGGUGAGGGGAUACCUUGGGUGAGCUCCGUAAAGGCCACGACCUACGCGGACCCCGACGAGGGAGAUCAGGACAGCAAGGUUGCGUUCUCCAUCUCCAUGACAGGCAUCGACGCGCAAACGGUACUGGACGAUUUGACGAAGGCCGCAGUAGAGACGACCAACAUGAUGGCGCAGCUGAAUUCGUGCGAUCCUAGUUGGCCCUACGGCGACCCCGACGCGGAGCAGACGCGCCACGUGCUCGAGACACAAACGUUCCAGCGCGCCGGCGUCGCGUCGGUGGGCGCCGUGAUCUCCUCGGCGCUCGUGUUCGACGGCUUCGGCGCGCGCAAUUUCAACGCCGACUCGGUGGCCGUGUUGCGGUUCAAAGACGUGGUGGCGGAUAUCCUGAGCGCGUCACCGCUCCAGAUCGACAACAUCGUCGCUGAGGAGUACAUCAACAACCCCUCGGCGAUGGUCCGCUUCGACGUCGCCGUCCACGCGUGGCCCAUCGGCUCGGCGAUCCUCGAGACGAAGGAGGCUGUGGCGCAGGAGCUCAAAGACGCCCUUGUGGAUGGCCAGGUCGACGCGGCACUCUUGUUACACGCACCAGAUUGCGACUGCGUGCUGGCAGUCGGCGUCCUGAACGUGGACGCGUCCUCUGCCAAAAUCGACGAAAUAACGAUGGAGGGCUCGCACGGCAUCACGUCGCCGCCCGUGGCCUGCACCGACUGCGACGACGACGAGGACGACCUCGGCGCGGGCGCGCGAAUCGCCAUCGCCCUGGCGGCCGUCUUCUGCUUCCUCGGCGGAGCGCUGGCUUCCUUCUUGUAUAUCAGCCGGCGGAACAAAUUCAACGGCUGCCUUUCCCCGGCCAAACGGCGGAUCAGCGGCUUCACCGGCUCGGCGGACCUCGAGCUGCGACCAGUGGACCCGACCCAGAAGGAAGAGGUCCGGCCGGCGAGAGAUGUCGUUUAGGUUUCUCCUCCCCUCCACAGUGUAAGU